CAAUACGAAACUGGAAAUUCGCCCGUGACUCCAGUUUCAUCAAAUUUCAACGACCCUAAUCCCCCACUACAUCAUUUUUGAAUGACCAGAAGGAGGCGGCGCUUCUAACAUUUUUGCUGUCAAUCAAUUUACCCAUCGUUCUUGGGACUUUAUCGUUCUUUUGUUUUGUUUUUUUUUUUUUUCUUUGCAAUGCGUUUCAACUGACCCUAGGUUUGGUGGUCUUUGACUGACCCAAGCAGUUUUGGUGGGUAAAAAAAGAUCACCCCAAGAUUCCCGAUCGAUGCGGACAAACCGUCUGUGCCAAUUCCAAACCAAGUGCAGACAUUCGAGCAGGCUUUCCGUGAAUGUUGGAGAAAGUCAAGAAGCAAGGCUUCGCAAUACCUUCCCCGAUUUAGGUCCAGGCUUGGCCGGUGCUACUCAAAGGCCAGAUCUUCGCCAGAUUGGAAUUGAUCAAACUGAAAAUCGGAAAACGUUGGCUUUCCUAUUGCCGGCGUUUAUCCACAUGAUUUCGCGAGCCCGGGGUGAACCAAACGUUCUAGUGAUGGCACCAACUCGUUAAUGGGCCCAGCAAAUUGAGGAGGUAUUCAAGUAUUAAUUUCGGAACAUCAAAGCAAUUUGUCUGUACGGUGGUGGCGAUCGGAGAGCGCAGAUCUAAUGAAUAAGACGGCCGUUCACGUAGACUAUUCGGGGGGAUGGAGGAGGUCUGGUCAAAGUCUACGAAGGGGGAGGGGGGCUCGAGGUCAAGGGUGGCGUGGAGAUCGUCAUUGAGACGCCCGGUAGGCUGCCAACGUAAUCGAUAAUACACCAUCAUCUAUCUGGUAUUGGACGAGGCGUAUCGUAUGUUGGACAUGGGCUUUGAAUCGUAAAUUCGAAAACUCUUGCUGGACAUCCGGCUCAAUGAGCAGACCAUCAUGACGAAUGCGACGUGGCCACCGGUUGUCCGCCGGUUGACCCAUAACUACAUGAAUAAUCCGGUGCAGGUAUACGACGGAAACCUGGAUCUGGCCGCAACGCACACAAUCACCCAGCAGAUCGAGGUGAUUGAUGAGGAGGAUAAGUACAUGCGGGUGAUGAACCUCGUGACCGACAUAGGGCCCAAUGACAAGGUCAUCAUCUCUUGCGUCCGGAAAACGAGGGCUGAUGAUCUGUCGAUCGAGUUUGUUCUGUCCGGCAUAAUUGUAUCAGCUUGCACGGCGAUCGGGAACAGGCUGACCGUUAGCAGGCCCUGGAGGACAUCAAAUCCGGCGAUGUGUGGGUCCUUAUCGGAACGAAUGUGGCCUCACAAGGGCUAGAUAUCGAGGGAAUUUCACACGUUGUGAAUUACGACUUCCCGCGGAAUAUUAGGGAGUACGUGCACUGGGUGGAACGGACGGGUCGCGCUUGCCGAAGUGGAGUUUCCAUGAACUUCUAAAUAUUUGACAUUCAAUUGUGUGUGGGGUAAAUAAACAUCAAAACUUGGUUGCGAUGUUGGUUGCUUAGAUGGAC